CAAAUCUAUUACAUUUAUUGAGUUUUGUACAACAAAGAUAUGGCGCCAACGAACAAGAGGGUAAAAAAACCUGAAGCAGAAGAGAAACGAGCUAAAGAGGAAGAGGAGACGAUAGAUCACCAUACUGACAACGAUGAAAACGAUGAUCUGAACCUCGAAUCACAGAACCUUGAUUCGCCUGAUGAUAUGAGCGCAUUUCUCAACAUGAUGCAGACGAACUUAGCUCAGAAAACUGGUGCAAAGCGCAAGCGCUCAGAACAGUUUCUACACGCUUCGGUGAAAGUUAGUUCUAAGAAAAUGGAGGAUAUUGUCCAUCGGCAAGGGACAGAACGAAGGAAACUUCAAGAGCAAUAUCAAGUGCAGGUCGACACUUUGAUUCACACUUGGGAGGGUGAAAUAGAGAAAUCUAAGGAGAUGGAAGAAAAACUGGCCAAUACCUUUCGGACGCAACAGAAAUUCUACACUACUCUCCGAGUCAAUCAAGUAAAGAUACUAAACGACUUAAAGAAUCUUGCCAAGCAGUACAACACUGCAUCAGAAGAGUUAGAUAAACUUCACACAAACCAACAAGGCGAUUUACCUGGCGAGUUGAAACGUGAAGUUUCUAUGCUACACAAGAAAUUUUUGAUGGAGAGUCACAACGCUGAAGUUGCCAAAAUGAAGAAAAACAUGCAACAAAUCAUUUCUGCGUCCUUUUGAUAGAACCAUAAACUGACUGGCCGACUUAUAUUGAUAGACGAAAUGAAUAUCUCAAUUUUGACGAACGUUUCUUUAUUUUUGGGAACCAUAGCAAUGUUAAGACAAGAUUAAAAGAUUAAUUAUCAUUUUGUACAAUACUUUGUAUACACCAUAUAUAUAUAUAUACAUAUAUUCUGUCAGUGACAUUUAGUCUAGAGAGACAUAUUUUCAGCUAUUUUAAUAUUAUUUUCAUUGUUAAUAUUCAUAAUGUUUAAUUUGAAUUUUGUGUGUUGAAACAACUUUUUAGUGUUUAGUGUUUACGUUAAUAUAAACUCAUAUUUUAAUGAGAUCUAAUAAAUAAUUAUUAAAUCGACAAGGUUGACCUUUUAAAGAAUUAAUCAUCUAAAUUAACGUCGAAUUAGACUGCCAAUUUAAAUGCUUCUUGCCUGUUUAGCGUUUAUCGGUGAUUGUGGAGGUGUCUUCGCAUACAGAGUUAAAUCUUGCUUCCAAUCUAUGAGAGUAUAAGAGUACUUUAAAUAUUUAAUCUC